AUGAGCUUACCAUUAUCUUCAUAUGCAUAUAAUAAUAAUAUAUAUCCACGACAACAACCGCCGCCAUCACCAACAUAUCUACCACCACAGCGACAACUAAAUCCACCAUAUUCAAAUUCACCAUCUUCAAAUACACCAUAUCCAGAUUCAUAUUCAAAUUCACCAUAUCCAAAAUAUCCAACACAUUCAACACUACCACGACAACCACCAUAUCCAACUUCACCAGCAUAUUCAAAUUCAUCAUAUUCAAAUACACCAUAUUCAAAUUCACCAUAUUCAAAUUCAUCAUAUUCAAAUUCACCAUAUCCAAAAUAUCCACCAUCACGACAACCACCAUAUCCAACUUCAACAGCAUAUUCAAAUUCGCCAUAUUCAAAUUCAUCAUAUUCAAAUACACCAUAUUCAAAUUCAUCAUAUUUAAAUCCAUCAUAUUCAAAUUCAUCAUAUUCAAAUCCAUCAUAUUCAACAUACGAACAAUUCCCAUAUUCACCGCCAUCACCAACGUAUUCAACAUACGAACAAUUCCCAUAUUCACCGCCAUCACCAACGUAUUCAACAUACGAACAAUUCCCAUAUUCACCGCCAUCACCAACGUAUUCAACAUACGACAACCAUAUCCAACCGUAUACACCAUAUCCACCGCCAUCACCAACGUAUUCAUCAUAUUCACCGCCAUCACCAACUUAUCUACAUCCACCGCUAUCACAAUAUUCACCGCCAUCACCAACGUAUCCACCAUACGACAACCAUAUCCCAUAUCCACCGCCAUCACCAACGUACGACGACCAUAUCCCAACGUAUUCAUAUCGAUAUAAUAAUAAUACUGUCACAGACGAUAAGACUUAUAAUAUGACAAAAUUAAUUCAAAUUUCGAUCAAUUGUCAGCAUGAGAACAAUAUUUGUCAAGAGUGUGUUGCGAGACAUAUCGAACACGAGUUGCAAGCUAAAGGAAACAUUGAAAUUAGAUGUCUAAAUGAGAAUUGCAGAAGUGUGAUGACUGAAGAUUAUGUCAAAAAAUUGUCCAGUAAAACGGUCUUUGAAAGAUAUCAGAAAUUGGAACUUAUGUCUGCACUUUCACAAAUCGACGAUUUUUACUGGUGCUUAAAUUCCAAUUGUGGUUCUGGUCAAAUUCAUUAUGGAGGACACUCAGCACCAAUAAUGACGUGUCAAUCCUGCUCGAAAAAAACAUGUGUUAUCCAUUCACUUCCAAUCCCAGAUGGCUCAAUAAACUGUCCACAAUGCACAAACGCUAACGCUAAUAUAACCGAAACAUUUGAUAAUGAGCAAAACAUUCCGCAAGAACUUAGACCCCCACAACGCUUCAUUCCACAAUCUUCGAAUAAAACGAUAAAACAAACAUUAGAAAAUUUGCAAAAGAGACGAAAAGAUCUGCAGAAAGAAAACAAUAGACGAAUGGAAGAAAAAUCAAACACAUAUAUUGAUUCUAUGACAAAAAAAUGUCCUAAAUGUAAUGCUAAUAUUGAAAAGAAUGAGGGAUGUGAUCAUAUGACGUGUCGCUGUGGAUAUGAAUUUUGUUGGCUUUGUCUCGCUGAUUAUAAUGCUAUUCGUAAAGAUGGGAAUAAAUAUCAUAUGCCAACUUGCCAACAUUAUGCUUGA